AUGUUUAAAAACUGUGGUGGACACGGUGAGUCGGAAAAAUUUAAAUCCAAUCCAAUAGUUACAGUGAAAGAAGGCAAAUUAAGAGGAACAGUUGCCACCAGCGUUGAUGGAUCUAAGUAUUACAGCUUCAAGGGCAUUCCAUACGCACGAGCGCCUUUCGGUGAAUUGAGAUUCAGAGCGCCUCUUCCACAGCAGCCAUGGAAAGGGGUCCGGGACGCGACAGAGCACGGUCCCGUUUGCACCCAAUACGACCUAUCCGUUUCUCAGCUCGUGGAAGGAAGCGAGGAUUGUCUGUUCGUCAACGUCUACACCAAGUCGCUGGACCAUGCUGCCAAAAUCCCCGUUAUGGUGUUCAUCCACGGCGGCAGUUACAGCUACAACUCGGGGAACUCAGACACGUUCAGUCCCGACUUACUUCUGCAGCACGACGUCAUCCUGGUGACGAUGAACUACCGGCUGGAGCUGUUAGGCUUCCUGUCCUUGGACACUCCCGAGGUGCCGGGCAACGCUGGCAUGAAGGACCAGGUCGCCGCGCUGCGUUGGGUGAAGAACAACAUCGCCCGGUUCGGCGGGGACCCCGACAGCGUCACGAUCUUUGGCGAGAGCUCCGGAGCGAGCUCCGUCACAUACCACAUGCUGUCGCCGAUGUCUAAGGGCUUGUUCCACAGGGUGAUAGCGGAGAGCGGCACGUGCAUACACGACUGGGCGAUCGGAAGGGGUUCUAAGCAGAGGGCGUUCAGGGCCGGCAAGGUCUUGGGUAAGGACGCGAAGGAUACGAGAGAGCUGCUGGAGUUCUUGCGCAGCGUCAGACCGAUACGACUCACGAACCUGACGGAGAGCACGCUGACCCCCGACGAGAGAUACAGAGGCCUCCCGGAAACCUUCAUCCCGGUCGUCGAGACCAAAUUCGACGGCGUUGAAGCCUUCAUCGACGAGAGUCCCGUCGAGAUUCUGGCGAAGGGCAAGGCACACAAAGUGCCGCUGAUGCUCGGCUACAACUCAGCGGAGGGGAUCAUCAUCGUCAGCGAUCACGUUGGAAAGCUCGACGUCUACAAUCGAAACCCCUCCUACUACGUGCAAAGGGAGAUCGCGGAGAGGGUCUCCCAAAAGAAGCUGAAGGAAAUCGGCGAUAGAGUGAAGAGAUUCUACUUCGGCGAUAAAAACAUAACCAAGGACAAUCCUCAAGUCAUCGAGGAGAUUCAGAGCGACAUACAUUUCGUAUACAACACUCACAGAUUCGCUCAUCUGUACAGCGCGUCGCGCGAGCCGAUUUACAUGUACCGCUUCAACUACGACACCGGCUUGAACAUAAUCAAGGUGUAUUCGGAAUACUCGUUCUUGAAGGGCGCCUGUCAUGCGGACGAGCUGUUCUAUCUCUUCUACAACUCCUUGAACAAGAAGGUGUACGACGAGCAGCAGAGGCUCAGGAAAAUCGCCUUUGACGUGACGAAACUAUGGGCUGAUUUCGCUAAAACAGGGAACCCGACGCCCGGCAACUGCUUUGGAGUCAAAUGGCUGUCAUUCACUGCAGAAGGCAAGGAGUACUUGAAUCUUCAGGAGAAUCCUUCCAUGGGAAGAUACGCUCAGAAGGAGCGAGUGAAAUUCUGGAACGAGAUCUACAAGGAAGCAAACGUUGCUUACAUCGUUAAUAGUGAU